CACCAAACUACAUGUUUAUUUGUGUAUGCUGUUCGUACAGUACGUGAUUGAGAGAAAAGAGAAGAGGUGGUUGCAGUAAUCAUGAAGGUCACUGAGAAUGAAGAUGGUUUAAUUAUCACGUCUGAAGGAUUCUCUUAUGGUGAUUUUAAUAAAGCCCAUAAAGUGGAUCUUUGGAAAUUAUCAAAGCACUUUGAGUCAAGUCGAGCUGCGACAUUGAAUCUUACUCUGAGGAAAGAUUUUCAACUAGAUUCGAGCUCCACCUUCUUCCUAAUUUAUCAAACAUCAGAGUUCUCACAAGAAUUUCAUGACAUAGCAGAUAUGUUUUUUCCAUGGUACAUGAAAAUUAAAGUUUGUUAUGUGGGAAAGACAUCAUUCUGGAAUGAUUUAGCAACAUACUGCCAGAAGACGGGCAAGUUGCUCGCUCAAAAUUUCAGCCAAGGAGUUAAAGUCUGUGUGGAUUCACGAAGAUCAGUCGAGCUUCCUGUUGGGAGUGCUGACAAAUACCGAGCAACAAUGCUCACAAAGCCACCACAAAGAUGUUCCUUUCCGUCGAUCCCUCCGGUCAAGGAACGAUCAUUUACCUGCACCACCAGAGCAUUGCCAAGUGACACCGAUAGCAACGGCCACGUUAAUCAGUCAGCAUGCUAUAAGUAUUGCUAUGAUGCUGCAAGCCUUGCUGCAUUACAAGGUAAUGUCUUCACAAAAUUCUGCCAAGAUUUUGCUUACUACGAUGUGAAGAGAAUCUCUGUGGAAUAUGUUGGAGAGAUCAACGUAGGUGACGAUGUUGAGGUCCUAUGUUGGGAAGAUGACAGUAACCAGUGCACUUUGUGUUUUAUUCUUAGUGUAAGAAAUAAAGUUGUCUGCAGAUGUGUAGGCGAAUGGUUUGCUGGUCCGGACGGAAUGCCUAUCUCAAGGAAAGGAAGGUUAAAUAUACAUUUGAGUGCAAAUAUGUAAUUUGAUAUCAGCUCUGGAUUCAAAUCACUUGUCAAUCCAUAUAGUUUACCAUUUGGUUGAUUGUUUCUAAAAGAAAAUUAUUUCUCUCUGCAUUUGGCAUAUUGCUCUAUGUUUAAUAUACUAGUGAUGUCAGAAUUUUUAAGUCUCAGAUUGAUGAAUUGAAAGUGUAUAUUUGAAAACUGUCUUAACACAUGUGUCCCAACUCCAAAGGCACAUUGAUAUGCAAUACAUGUUUUUUAUGAGGGAAAUUUAAUUCUUUAUUUCGAAAAUGUCUUUCUUUUCUUCAUUCCUGAAUCAUUGGCAAUAUUUGAAUUUCUUUCAAAUAUUUGUGAAGGAUUGCAAGGCUACAUAAAUGUGAUUUCAUCAGCCAAUGGGAGCUCAUUUUAUAAUUGAGACUAUUGUGCUAUAUGAGAUCAGAAUAUCAUCAAUGCAUCAAGUUGCUCAUUUAUGAUCAGAACUUUUUUUUUACAUCUAUGACCUAUUAUCCUUAAAUGUGAUCAGAAUGUAGACAGAUGAUAAUAUAACUUUAUAGAGCACAGAAACUACCUUUGUCUAUAAGACCUUUGUAUAUACUACCUUUGUAUAUAUGCUUGUUAUUAAUGAAAUUUGUUUUGAGAUGAGAUUCAUUUUGAGUUUUGACUUGAAGUUGUUUACAGAUGGUGCUUUCCUGACUUCCAGGAGUAAACUAUUCCAGAGUUUUGGGGCAAUACAAACAAAUGCUCGAUCACCUAUUGUCACUAAUAUUUUGAAAGAUGGGAUCUGUAAAAGUGUUAUGUAGUAUGUAGUUUAACUUCCUGUUGUACUUUUAGUCAUUUGUCUUCACUUGUUUACAAACUCCCCAAUAUCAUUUUAGAAUUCCAAAACCCCCAAUACCAUGUAACUCCUAAACCCUGACCAUGAAAGACCAACCCUCAAUGACGUCAGCUAACUUCAAAUAAAAGUUAUAAGAAGUAUGACUCGUAAUACCAGCCCCAGACAGUGCACAGAGCAUCACCACACCCUAAUAACAGAGAAAGUUUGAUAGUUACCUAUAGACCAAUCAGAGCAAGUUAAGAUCACUCUCACCUUAAUUUGUUACACCCCAAAACUAAGCCUGGGUAUAAAUAAGACUUCUUGGUAAUUAGAUAUAGAGUGUAUAUAGUAGACCCACACUCAUUCUGAUAGACUGACUUCAAGACUUUAAGUUAAAACAUCAACUAUUAUACCUUAACUUUCUUCAGAUUUCAUCCUUAUGCAUGUUUAUGCUCCCAACUAAAUAGCCAACGGUCCCGCAUACACGACAAAAGCAAGGAUACCAUCCAUUGCUCAUUGUUUCUCAUUCACUCCUUUAUGAGCCAAGUUGAAGUAUUCUGUCAAAUCUAUUUAUUUUUUUCAAGUCAGAGAAUCAAUUACCUGCACCUCAUAGGUAUAAGGUUGUGAUCAUCAUCAUAGUGAUUUAUUUCAGGACAAAAAAGGGUAAUUUUGACGAUCUAUGUGAUAUAGCCACAGAUUUGGCUCAUAAGAUAUGGCUGGCCUUGUGGGGUCAACAGCCAGAUAUCAUAGGGGUCAAUCGUGAAGUGGUUUUCUCAUUAUCUAUUUGUAAAUCAAGAAGGUUUAAUGAGUACUGAUUGUCACAGGUAUCCUUCUGCAAAUAUUGAAAACAAAUAUCUUUCUGCUUUUGUUUUGUACUUUGUUCCCCUUUUCAUGAUUGAGACAUAAUUAUAUCAAAUAACUUGUUAGAAGGCAGAGUAGAACAAAGCUUUUAAUUUGACUCAUGCUUGCCCACUGAGGGAUGCAUAAAUGGCUAUUAGUAUUUGCGAGCUGUCAAGAAUCUAUUCACUCUUUCUUUUGUUUUAAUUCCUCAAAUUAAUUUUCCUGAAAGGGAAUUAUUCAUAGAUUUAUUUUUUUAUCUAAGAAUAUACUGCCAUAUUUGUUUGUGGGAAUUUUAUAGGAAUUAUAAAAUGAUAUAUAUAUAUAUAUAUACCCUGUAAGUAAUGUAUGCCUUUAUUUGUAUAAAAUUAUAUAUAAUGCACAAACAAUGUUUAUAUGAAUAUUAUACAUCUCAUUGCUUAUAAUUGAUUAUCAUUUGUGAGAAAAAUGGGUAGGGAUUGCUAUUUUAUUCUACUUUUGCUUGAUGAUAUUAGCAAGUUGAGAUUUUGUUGUUAAGAUGUUAUGACCAAUAUUGCCGAUAAAUAUUUCAAUUCUUCAUAAUUUCACUUUCUGAAGAAUAAAUCGAAAUUAGUUAAAGUCAAAUUU